AGGAAGGAAAGUGGCCUCAGAAUGAGCUUCGCGCCGCCGGACGUGGUAUCGGACCGGAUAUGGGGCAUUGACCCCGCCGCCACCGUGAACGCGUCCCUCGCCUCCCAGCGGCCCCUGGGUCUUCUCCUCCUGUCUCAGCACGUCACGGGCGCCGUGGCGGCCCUGGACUCGGCCGUGGCGUCCCUGGCAACUCUUGUGGGCACCAGCGAACCCAGUCUCCGCCUGCUUCUCGCUCUCCUCGUCGGAUACCCCAUUGCCGUGUUUCAUCGUCUCGCGGUUUCGGGUGCGCCGAGCGUCGUGCAAAAUGCCUUCUUUUUCGGCUGCGGGGUUGUGCUGGGUGUGUUCACCCAGGGGUGGGAUGUGUGUCACGCGCUCGUGUGCAUCCUAGUGCAGUACCUGGUUUUGGUGGCGUGCGGGAAAACGUAUGUUUCGCCGUUAUUCUCGGUGGUGUUCCAGUUGGCGUACCUUCUGUUUGGGUACUGGCAAACUGAGACCGAGGACUACAAUUUCAGCUGGACGCUGUCGCAUUGCGUGCUCACGCUGAGGCUGAUUGGGAUUGCUUUCGACUAUUACGACGGGCAACAGGAUCCAGAAACGUUGUCAAAGGAGCAAAAGUUGAAUGGACUCAGGAGAUGCCCGUCAUUCUUGGAGCUCGGCGGCCACGCCUUGUUUCCGGCUUCGUUCCUGGUCGGGCCUCAGUUUCCGAUGAAGCGUUACAAGUUCCUCAUUCGAGGGGAUUUGAAGAGGAUCCGAGACUCGGAAGGAUACCCGUUGUCGCCUCCUUUGGGAGUGGCCCUCGGACGCCUGGUCCUGGGUCUGUUGUACACGGGGGUUUACGUUGUUGGUUCCGGUUACAUGCCUGUUGACUACGCAGCGAGUGACGACUUGCUGAACCGUCCGCUGUGGCAGCGAUUAUGUUUGCUGGUCGUGUGGGCGAAGGUGAGCGUUGCCAAGUACCUGAGCUGUUGGCUGAUCACGGAAGGUGCUUGUAUUCUAUCCGGACUGUCGUUCAACGGGUUCGAAGAGCAACCCGAUCCCAAGGAUCCCACCAAAACCAUCACGAAAGCCAAAUGGGACGGGUGCAGGAACAUUCACGUCAGCGUUUACGAAACUGCGACGGAGUAUCAACACAUGAUUUUGUGUUUCAACACGAAUACGAAUGCCUGGGUUGCCAAUUACAUCUACAAGCGGAUGAAGUUUUUGAACAAAAAGCACGUCAGUCACAUGGUAGCUAUGGCGUUUCUGGCUGUUUGGCAUGGCUUGAAUUUCAGCUACUACGUUACUUUCUUCAACGAAUACAUCAUCAUCAGUCGGGAACGUGACUUCUAUGAUUUGUUGGACCGAAGUCCCGUGUACAAGUACUGGUUCUCCAAGAAGUGGGUGCGCUAUUCGUUGAAACCGCUGAAAGUGCUGUGGCUGUGGUUUGGUCUUUCCUACGCCGUGAUCCCGUUCUUGCUGCUGUCGACGGACAAGUGGUGGCGAGUCUACACGUCGCUUUACUUCCACAUCCACGUGGUGUUCUUGUCUUACCCCUUCUUGAAGCCCAGUUUGAAGAAGUGGCUUCAAGUCCCCGACGAGCAGGAUUCCAAGAAGAAAGAUUAAUUGACAAGGUUUAUCGUUCCCUGGCCAGUGUUUUUCCUGACCUAGAACUAUGCGUGCAUCGAGAUUUUUUUUCCAGAUUUUUCGGCGUUCUCUGUUUACCAAUUUCGGUACAAUAGUCAUUCAUUCAGCUUUAACGAGUUUGAUGAAUGUCUCAUCUCUCAUGUAGAACUUAUGAUAUUCUUGUCGAAAUGUUCUGCAUUCCGCCCUUGGAAAUUUCGGUGAUAUCCGAUAGAUACGCCUGUUGCAAUAAAAAAAAGAACAUAACCAAGAAAUAAUGUCAGCAAUUCGCUUUUCUCAUGUUUCAAAGCAAUUUUUCCGGACAGUCUGAUGAUGGUCGGUUGUUCUAGUAACGUGUGUGCUUGUGAUUUUUUUUUCUUCGGUGGCUUAUAUGCGAAAUAUUUAUUGAAGAUCUGGUUUGAGUAAUGGCACGUUCCCCUGUUGAGAAUGAGGUAUUUUUUUGUGUGUGAGCUUGAUCCAGGAGACGAAGAAGACCAAUUUUUUUAAUUGC